AACCCACCUAAGGGCUCAAUGAAGGGAGACAAGCUCAAGGAGCAAGACCCUGGUCCUCCCCAGCCCAUCCAAGGUCUCGUGAAGGGGGACAAGCGUGAGGAGCAGGGGCUGGACCCCGAACCUGCAGUCCCCCCACAGCCCACGGAGGAGGAGGAGGCCCUGAUCGAGUUCCACCGCUCCUACCGAGAACUCUUCCAGUUCUUCUGCAACAACACCACCAUCCAUGGCGCCAUCCGCCUGGUGUGCUCCAAGCACAACCGCAUGAAGACGGCCUUCUGGGCCGUGCUCUGGCUCUGCACCUUUGGCAUGAUGUACUGGCAGUUUGCCCUGCUGUUUGAAGAAUAUUUCAGCUACCCCGUCAGCCUCAACAUCAACCUCAACUCCGACAAGCUUGUCUUCCCUGCCGUCACCAUCUGCACCCUCAACCCCUACAGGUACGCUGAAAUUAAGGGGGACCUGGAAGAGCUGGACCGCAUCACGGAGCAGACGCUCUUUGACCUGUACAAAUAUAAUUCCUCCAACACCCUCCUGACCCGAGUCCGCGGCCGUCGCGACCUCCGGGAGCCUCUGCCGUAUCCCCUGCAGCGCCUGCCAGUUCCGGACCCGCCCCAAGCCCAUGAAACGCGCAGCUCAGCCUCCAGCAUGCGGGACAACAAUCCCCAAGUGGACAGGAAGGACUGGAGGAUCGGCUUCCAACUGUGCAACCAGAACAAAUCCGACUGCUUCUAUCAGACAUACUCGUCUGGGGUGGAUGCAGUGCGGGAAUGGUACCGAUUCCAUUACAUCAACAUUCUGUCCAGACUGUCGGGUACUUCGCUAUCCCUGGAGGAGGAAGCCCUGGGCAACUUCAUCUUCACGUGCCGCUUCAACCAAGCCCCCUGCAACCAGGCGAAUUACUCUCACUUCCACCACCCCAUGUAUGGGAAUUGCUACACUUUCAACAACAAGAACAACUCCUACCUCUGGAUGUCGUCCAUGCCAGGGGUCAACAAUGGUCUGUCCCUGACACUGCGCACAGAGCAGAUUGACUACAUUCCCCUGCUGUCCACGGUGACCGGGGCCAGGGUAAUGGUGCAUGGGCAGGAUGAGCCUGCCUUUAUGGAUGAUGGUGGCUUCAAUUUGCGGCCUGGUGUGGAGACCUCCAUCAGCAUGAGGAAGGAAGCCUUGGACAGACUUGGGGGCAAUUAUGGUGACUGCACCGAGAAUGGCAGUGAUGUUCCUGUCAAGAAUCUUCACCCUUCCAAGUACACGCAGCAGGUGUGCAUUCACUCCUGCUUCCAGGAGAAGAUGAUAGAGAAGUGCGGCUGUGCCUGCAUCCUCUACCCAAAGCCCAAGGAUGUGGAGUUCUGUGACUACAGGAAGCACAGCUCUUGGGGCUACUGCUACUAUAAGCUCCAAGGGGCUUUCUCCUUAGACAGCCUGGGCUGUUUCUCCAAGUGCCGGAAGCCAUGCAGUGUCACCAACUACAAGCUCUCUGCUGGUUACUCACGAUGGCCUUCUGUGACAUCCCAGGAGUGGAUCUUCCAGAUGCUAUCCCGUCAGAACAAUUAUACCAUCAACAACAAAAGAAAUGGAGUUGCCAAACUCAACAUCUUCUUCAAGGAGCUGAACUACAAAACCAAUUCUGAGUCUCCUUCUGUCACGAUGGUCACCCUCCUGUCCAACUUGGGCAGCCAGUGGAGCCUAUGGUUUGGCUCCUCUGUGUUGUCUGUGGUAGAGAUGGCUGAGCUCAUCUUUGAUCUCCUGGUCAUCACCUUCCUCAUGCUGCUUCGGAGGUUCCGAAGCCGAUACUGGUCUCCAGGACGAGGGGCCAGGGGUACCAGGGAGGUGGCCUCCACUCCGGCUUCCUCCCUCCCCUCCCACUUCUAUCCCCGCCCUACAUCCCCAUCCUUGCCUCUGCCAGACCCAGCUCCCUCCCUGGCCCUGACAGCCCCCCCACCUGCCUAUGCCACCCUAGGUCCCUGUCCACUUCCCUUGGGCUCAUCAGGGCCCAGCUCCUCUGCCUGUGCUCUGGGGGAACCCUGACAGAGAAGGAGGGUGUCCCUUUCCCAAAGGUUGGUGCUCCCCUGGUGGGAGGGGGCCACCUUAGCAGGAUUGAGAGACAUUUGGGGCUUCUUCUCAGAACUGCCUAGCUGCCUUUGGUGUGGAGGAGGGGGGCAGGCUGGGUAAGGGGCCCGAGAAGUUGCCCAGAGAAGAGUGGCCAAUGAGCUGCCCAGACUUGCGUUGGUCCUGCCUCUGAAAACUCUGGUUUCCACACAAGUACAGACAAGUUUCCUUUUCCCUUGGAUCAGUCAAGUCAAACUUGGCGCUUUAACAAAGAGCUUUCUUAGGAAAUGACUGAUGACCAGAACAAACACUAGCAAGGGCACACCAAAGCAUGCAUAGGUUUCCUACCCAACGGCUGGAGAUUGGCCUGGCCACACUGCACACUGCCUUCCAGUGACACAGAUGUCUGGUCCUCUUCUUGAACUUGGGUGGGAAACCCCACCCAAAAGCCCCCUUUGUUAGUUCUUGGACAGUCCCCUUCCCUGACUCCCCAGGGUGGGGGUUGGAGCAGAUCAGUGCAAUAAAGGUUUUGGCCAUUCCCAAAACUAUUCUAGUCUCAUAUGCCCUGUGUCCUUCUCUCUGCGUGUCUGCUCAAAUUAUUUCCUUAGUCUGGAAGCUUUUCCCAUCGUCUCCUAGAGAACUUCUUAUGCAUCCCUUAGAACUCUGUUCAGAAAUACCAUUACUUCUGGGAAGACUUCUGCCUUACCCUGUCUUUCCUCUGGACUCCCAUAACACACACUGUAACAUCUACUGGAUGUCAAUGUUGUAUUAUAUGUUUAUAUUCAUUUGUGUCUCCCUCCCUAACUAGACUGUGAGCUCCUUGUGGCCAGCAACUGAGUUUUGUUCAUUUCUGUAACCUCUAGCUGUAGCCCAGUGUCCUGUUUGGAGCAAG